GCAACAUCCACAGCCGAUGUGGAACACACUACCGCUGGAGAUCGUUCGCAUGAUCUUCCUGAAUCUCGACAUGGUCGCCCUUGGCAACUUACGACAAGUCAACACCACGAUCCACCAACAAGUUGAUGCGGCUCUCUUUGAAUAUCGCCUUCUCCGAACUCACGCAGCCGAGACCCUCCAAGCACUGGACCUGGCCCAAUGCACGCACUACUUCUCGAUCCAACAGCUGUAUCACGAGUUCUGCCACCCGCGGUGCCGGACCUGCGCCAACUUCGGCCCCUACCUCUACCUUCCGAGCCUCUCCCGGGUGUGCUUUCCGUGCGUCCUGUGGCACGGCCGAUACCGCGUCGCCUCCCUGGAGGACGUCCUGCAGUUCUACCGGCUGCCCCUCGAAGACUGGUGCCAUCUCCCAGUCACCUACACCGCGUUUGACCUGCUGGGCAAGUCUCCGAUGUCGGAGCGGAUGCUCAUCGACAUCACGCAGGCCGAAGCCCUGCACAAGCAGCGCGGCAGGCCCCCACCGCCGCGCGAGAGCUCCACGUACCGGAGCUAUUACGGCUUGACCUUCCACUGCCGGCAGGCGUCCACGGUGGCCUUCCCCUACUGGGACCCGCACACCCGCGCGGCCGAGCCCGGGGCCUAUUGCCUGGGGUGCACCGAGUUCUGGGAGCGAUCUCGCCCGAAACGCCGCGGGGCCCCAAAAACCUGGGAUGAGUACUAUGCUUGGGGCCCCGGGGUCAAUUGGCGGGGCCGCGAGGCGGUCGAGCGCGCAUUUCGGGUCCCCGAGCUGCGGCAACACUUUCGGACGUGUCCGCAUGUUGUCCGGUGGCGGGUUGGACACGCAAAGGAGGUGGUGGCGCGGAGCCUCAGUAGUCAGGCUGCCGCUCACUACUGCACCACCCACCUCGGCGGUUCUUCGCUGGCUCCACCUCUCGAAAUAGCCUCGCAUAGCUGAAUUCACCUGUUGAGGAAUUAGCAUUGGAAGGCAUCUGCUGACUUGAUCUACUUGAUUCGAUCAACUUGGCCUUACUUAUAUCACAUUAUAUGAUAAACCCUGUUCAGAAAGUGUCAAAGUGCCCCCCUACAGCUUCCAAACAGCUGCUACAGACGCCUUCUCGCUGGAUUCGAUUUGCUCGGAGCAACUGUCUGACACGCUUCUCCUGCGCCGCAGGUCCAGGUCCCUAUCUAUUUAUCCCUACUAUCCCGUGCGGACUAUCGAGGUCCGAAAGAACAAUUACUGCUACCAGCACUAUGUCGACCCCCGGGCAAUGAUGAGUAUAAACCGAUGCGAUGGGAGGUGCCAGAAUUUGGACGAGGCUGCAAUGUAGUGUACUCGUGUUGGGGUCUUUGUUGUCGUGGGUUGAUCUCGUUUCCCUUGCUUGGCAGAGACACAGG